AUGACCGAUAGCGGAGUAAAUCUACCCCGAGGGAUAAGCCGGAGGGGCAGUCGACCUCCCACAAUUGUGGGGAAGUCUGGUGGCGACGCGAUUAAAGACGACAGGAUCCCCCUCGCGAAUUGCGCGAUUCUCAAUUUUCUCAACAUCUUCAAAAUGUCUGCCAAGGGUCCCUUCCACCUCGUUACCGUCAACACCGCGCCGGAGCGCGCCAAGCGCCUCAUCGGUCGCGUCGCCGAGGCCCUGAAGGACCAGUACACUAUCAUUCACGUCGACAACUGCGAGAGUAAGGACAUCCUCCCCGAAGGACAUAAGAACCAACUGACAGUAACAGAGAUCGACGAGGUUGAGGCUAAGGUCAAGCAGCACAACCCCGAGGUUCUGUUCAGCGCGUCCAUGUGGACCGCCGAGGAGGCCCAGCAGAUCCACGCAAUUGCUCGCUCUGUUCGUCCGGACAUCAAGCUCCAUGCCAUCCCUGAGGGCUUGCAGGUUGAGCGGGGCCCAGAUGCCAUUGUCGAAUACUUGUGUGAGAAGGUUCCUGUGCUGCUGGACAGCUAG